CGGCAUGCACACCGAGAGAGAGAGAGAGAGAGAGAGAGAGAGAGAGAGAGAGAGAGAGAGAGAGACUUUUGUAGAAAAUAAUCAAUCCCUGAACGAGGCAGGAGGGUCACUUGAUACCGUCUCCUUCUUGGCCGCUGACGGAGAGAUGCUCACUGCUGUCCAGAUGACUUUACCGGCUGACUGUGCGUCGCGUGCCGCGCGUAGAAUAAAUUAACCGGCAGUUUAUCUCGCUGAAUUUGGCGUUCACACUCAUUCACCUGCUGCCUGGCAGGCUGGCUGACUCGCGGGACGUUUUCCCCCCGGUAAAAACACCAGCGAAAUUACCGGAUCUGUGCUACUCAUGAAUGAGUCUCCUCUUAUUCCAAGAAUGAUGUGAAGAUCACUUGAGGAGAACGAGACCGCACUUCAGCUCAUCUUUUUCAGCGCAGUACUGCUCCCAGGUGACACACGAUCCCAAGUGUUUUGUCUGAGCUUGGUAUUUGUUUUGGGGCCCUGUGGGGAUGGGAACGUGUUCGGAUAAAGGAUGGACUUACUGCGGCCUCGCUAAAGGUCCCUGUCCACUAAAGGUCAUGUCAUGGCCCCUGGCACUGUGGCUAUUGACUCUAAUCUUUGUGAAUCAAAAGACGACUGUUGGCCAGACUCUGAACACCUUCCAAUCAGAGAGGAGGGAGUGGUCGCUUAACCACCUGACUGUGCAUCAGUCUACUGGAGCUCUGUACAUCGGAGCUGUCAACCGAAUCUACAAGUUGUCGGCUAAUCUCACCCUCCUGGUGUCCCAUGACACGGGGCCAGAGUAUGACAACAAAGCGUGUUAUCCUCCGCUGAUUGUCCAGCCCUGUUCUGAGCCUCUUGCCUCUACUGACAACGUGAACAAACUGUUGCUCAUCGACUACUCUCACAACCGGCUGCUGGCCUGCGGGAGUCUCUACCAGGGCGUCUGCAAGCUGAUGAGGCUGGAUGACUUGUUCAUCCUCGUGGAGCCCACGCACAAGAAGGAACACUACCUGUCCAGUGACAACCAGACAGGGACCAUGUACGGGGUUGUCGUGCCCUCGCAGGGUCAGGAUGCCACCCUGUACAUCGGCACGGCCGUCGGAGGCAAACAGGACUACUUCCCAACCAUCUCCAGCCGCAAGCUGCCUCGCGACCCAGAAUCCUCUGCCAUGCUGGACUACGAGCUUCACACAGACUUUGUUUCAUCUCUUAUUAAAAUCCCCUCAGACACACUGGCUCUUGUCCCACACUUUGACAUCUUCUACAUCUACGGCUUUGCUAGCGGCAGCUUCGUCUACUUCAUGACCGUGCAGCCGGAGACGCCUGAGAAUGGGAUGCCUGCUGGCGGCUCCCCCGGCGAUCUGUUUUACACCUCUCGCAUCAUCCGCCUCUGCAAAGGUGACAAGAAGUUCCACUCGUACGUGUCACUUCCUGUGGGGUGCGUACAUAAAGGCGAGGAGUACCGUCUGCUGCAGGCGGCUUACCUGUCUAAGGCCGGCAGGGUUCUGGCAAAGUCGCUCAACAUCAGCGCCCAGGAGGACGUGCUCUUUGCCGUGUUCUCCAAGGGACAGAAGCAGUGCCACGACCCUCCAGAUCACUCCGCUCUCUGCGUCUUCACCAUCCAAGACAUCAACGCUCGCAUCAAGGAGCGGCUGCAGUCCUGCUACCAGGGAGAGGGAAACCUGGAGCUGCACUGGCUGCUGGGAAAGGACGUGCAGUGCACCAAGGCGCCUGUUCCCAUCGAUGAUCACUUCUGUGGCCUGGAUAUAAACCAGCCCCUGGGGGGUUCCCAGCUGGUGUCGGGUCAGACGGUGUACACGGAGAGCAGGGACAGGCUGACCUCUGUCACCUCCUACGUCUACAAUGGACACAGUGUGAUCUUCCUGGGGACCAGGAGUGGACGGCUGAAGAAGAUCAGAGUGGACGGUCCUCUGGAAGGAGGAGUGCUGUACGAGACAGUGACCGUGAUGAAGGAUAGCAGCCCCAUCCUCCGGGACAUGGCCUUCUCCCUGGACAGGAACUCUCUCUAUGUCAUGUCUGACAAUCAGGUGGCCCAGGUCCCCGUGGAGGCCUGUGAGCAGUAUGGAACAUGCGCUGAGUGCCUGAGCUCUGGGGACCCCCACUGUGGCUGGUGUGUCCUGUACAACAUGUGCUCGAGGAGGGAUCUGUGUCUGAGGGCGGAGGAGACAUUCCGCUUCGCCACGGACAUUGACCGCUGUGUGAAGGUUAUCGCUCACCCGGACAGCAUUGCUGUCUCAGCACAUAGUGUCCCUCUUCUGCUGGAGGUGAAUAACGUUCCAGACCUUUCUGCCGGAAUCUCCUGCUCAUUUGGCCAGCAGCCCCAGGUGGAGGGUCAUGUCAACGGGAACAGGGUUAUGUGUCUGUCCCCGGCUGGGAAGGAGGUCCCUCAGAUACCAGAAGGACAAGACUGGGCUGGCGUAGAGCUCCGUCUGAACUCAAAGGAGACGGGUCAAAUGGUUGCCAGCACAGAAGUGAAGUUCUACAACUGCAGUACCCAUCAAACGUGUCUGUCCUGUGUAAACAGCACUUUCCGCUGCCACUGGUGUAAAUACCGCAACUUGUGCACCCAUGACCCCAGCAGCUGUUCUUUCCAGGAGGGAAGAGUCAACGCCUCAGAGGACUGCCCUCAGCUCCUUCACUCGGGGGAAAUUCUUCUUCCGGCCGGGGAGGUCCGACCCAUCACCCUGAGGGCCAGAAACCUUCCCCAGCCCCAGUCAGGCCAGCGGGGCUAUGAGUGUGUGGUGCAUGUGCAGGGUGUCAGCCACCGUGUCACGGCGCUGCGCUUCAACAGCACCAGCGUGCAGUGCCAGAACAGCUCGUACAUGUACGAGGGUGUGAAGAUCAGUGACCUGGCAGUGGACCUCUCCAUUGUAUGGAACGGCAAUUUCAUCAUCGACAAUCCCGAGAAGAUUAAAGUGCACCUCUACAAGUGCAACGCCCAGCGGGACAGCUGUGGCAUGUGUCUGCGGGCGGAGAGGAAGUUCCGGUGUGGCUGGUGCAGCGGUGAGGGCCGAUGCACCAUGAAGCAGCACUGCCCCCCCAUCUCUCCGUACGCCAGCCGCUGGCUGGACCUUUCUGCCAGGAAUGUCAAGUGUACCAACCCACGCAUUACUGAGGUGAGCCCAGUGGCAGGGCCUCUAGAGGGGGGCACACUGGUCACCAUCCAGGGCCUGAACCUGGGACUGUCCUUCUCUGAGCUGGAGGAUAACGUGGAGGUGGCGGGUAUGCAGUGCAUCCCUCAGGAGGAGGGAUACAUCACAGCAGAACAGAUUGUGUGUGAGAUGGCUGCGGCUCCUAAAGGAAGUGCCCCAGGUCCAGUUAAGCUGUGUGUUGGCGAAUGCAGGCCGGAACUACGCGCACAGUCCUCCCAGCUCUACUCCUUUGUGAACCCUUCGAUAAUGGCGCUGACCCCAGGCAGAGGACCUGAAUCUGGGGGCACCAAGGUCACCAUUGUCGGGGAGAACCUGGGCGCUGGCAGUACUGUUAAUGUGUACUUUGGUAAUCAGACCUGUGAGCUCUACAGGAGGACCAUGUCGGAGAUUGUGUGCUUCUCUGCGCCGUCUGUGACGAGAGCCGGACCGGUGCAAGUCAGUUUGAGUGUCGACCGGGCCAACGUUCCCGGAAGUCUGGCCUUUGAGUACAUAGAGGACCCCACAGUCCAGCGCAUUGAACCCCUGUGGAGCAUCACCAGUGGACACACUACUCUGACAGUGACUGGAACCAACCUGGAUGUAGUUCAGGAGCCACGCGUCAGAGUCAAAUAUGCCGGCCAUGAAUCUGUCAAUGUGUGCAAAGUGCUGAACACAACCACCAUCAGCUGCUUCGCCCCCUCUCUGAAGGCGGAGUACACUGCAGACCAGGAGACGAUCAAACACGUGGACGAGUUUGGCUUUGUCUUCAACAACGUCCAAGCUCUCCUCACUUACAACAACACAAGCUUUGUGUACUACCCCAACCCUUACCUGGAACCCCUCAGUCUAUCAGGUGUUCUGGAGCAGAAACCAGGUGCUCCCAUCAUACUCAAAGGACGAAACCUGGUGCCGUCUGCAUCUGGCGGAGCCCGGCUAAAUUACACCGUGCUGAUCGGAGAUACGCCAUGUUCCCUCACUGUGUCUGACACUCAGUUACUCUGCGAGCCGCCAAACCUCACCGGGCAGCACAAAGUCCUGGUCCAAGUGGGAGGACUCCACAUCUCUCCGGGAGAAGUUCACAUCCGGUCUGACAGCCUGCUCACCCUUCCUGCUAUCUUCAGCAUAACAGCUGGAGGAGGGCUGCUCCUGGUCAUCGUCAUCAUAGUCUUACUGGCCUACAGACGGAAGUCGCAUGAGAACGACCUCACUCUGAAGCGCCUCCAGAUGCAGAUGGACAAUCUGGAGUCCCGGGUGGCUCUGGAGUGCAAGGAAGCCUUUGCAGAGCUGCAGACAGACAUCAACGAGUUAACGAGCGAUCUGGACAGAGCUGGCAUCCCCUACCUGGACUAUCGCACCUACGCCAUGAGGGUUCUCUUCCCUGGUAUCGAUGAUCACCCUGUGCUCAGAGAGCUGGAGGUGGCGGGGAGCGGACAGGCGAAUGUGGAAAAAGCCUUGAAGCAGUUUGCUCAGCUGGUGAAUAACAAGGUGUUCCUGCUGACAUUCAUCCGCACACUGGAGCUGCAGCGCUCAUUCUCCAUGCGGGACCGCGGCUACAUCGCCUCGCUCAUCAUGACCGCUCUGCAGGGGCGGCUGGAGUAUGCCACAGACAUCCUCAAACACCUGCUCUCAGAUCUUAUAGAGCGCAACCUGGAGAGCAAGAACCACCCCAAACUACUCCUCCGCAGAACAGAGUCGGUGGCGGAGAAGAUGCUGACAAAUUGGUUUGCCUUCUUGCUACACAAAUUUCUCAAGGAGUGUGCUGGCGAGCCUCUCUUCAUGCUGUUCUGUGCCAUCAAACAGCAAAUGGAGAAGGGACCCAUAGACUCCAUCACUGGAGAGGCACGCUAUUCCCUCAGUGAGGACAAACUCAUUCGACAGCAGAUUGAGUAUAAGACGCUGACGCUGAGCUGUGUAAACCCAGACAAUGAGAAUAGCCCAGAAAUCCCUGUCAAGGUGCUCAACUGUGACACCAUUACUCAGGUAAAGGAAAAGAUCCUGGAUGCGGUGUAUAAGAACAUGCCAUGCUCACAGCGACCACGUGCUGCAGACAUGGAUCUCGAGUGGCGGCAGGGCAGAACAGCCCGUGUGGUCCUGCAGGAUGAGGACAUCACCACUAAGAUAGAGAGUGACUGGAAGAGACUCAACACACUCAUGCACUACCAGGUGUCCGAGCGCUGUGUGGUGGCCUUGGUGCAAAAACAGAUGUCCUCUUUCAAUAUCCCUUCCUCAGCCAGCUUCCCACGCAGCAUCAGCAGAUACGGUGUGGAUGUUCCCUUCCGCUCAACACCCACCAGCCCGGACAGCCCCCACUCCCGUGUGCCCAUGCUGACCCCUGACAUGGAGAGCGGGGUCAAAGUUUGGCACUUGGUAAAGAACCACGACCACGGAGACCAGAAAGAGGGCGAGCGUGGCAGCAAGAUGGUGUCUGAGAUCUACCUGACAAGGCUACUAGCAACAAAGGGCACACUGCAGAAGUUUGUGGACGAUCUGUUUGAGACCCUGUUCAGCACCGUGUGUCGGGGCACCGCCCUGCCUCUAGCAAUCAAAUAUAUGUUUGACUUCCUGGACGAGCAGGCCGACAGGCACGGCAUCCAUGACAUGGACGUACGUCACACCUGGAAGAGCAACUGCCUGCCCCUGCGCUUCUGGGUAAAUGUGAUCAAGAAUCCCCAGUUUGUGUUUGACAUCCAUAAAAGCAGCAUCACGGACGCCUGCCUGUCUGUUGUGGCCCAAACCUUUAUGGACUCAUGCUCAACUUCUGAACACCGUCUGGGCAAAGACUCACCCUCCACCAAACUACUCUAUGCCAAGGACAUACCGCAUUACAAAAGCUGGGUAGAAAGGUACUACGCUGACAUCAACCGCCUGCCUGCCAUCAGUGAUCAGGAUAUGAAUGCCUAUCUGGCUGAACAGGCCCGCCUUCACUCCAGUGAGUUCAACAUGCUCAGUGCCCUCCAUGAGAUCUACACUUACGUCAGCAAGUACAGCCAAGAGAUCAUGGAGGCGCUGGAGCAGGAUGAACAGGCCCAGAAGCAGAAGUUGGCGUAUAAAGUGGAGCAGAUCAUCUCUGCCAUGUCUAUAGAGAGCUGAGACACAUGCACAAAUAUACACAUACACACACACACUACAAACACACAGAAACACACAAUAACAGAGGAGUUGUAAACCCAUCGGCAACACACGUGGCACUC